UUUUCUACUAGUUUUCUCCUGCCUGGUGCUGUCUGUCUUUUCGACCAUUGAUGAGUACCAGAACAGCUCGGAAGGGGCCCUUUACAUCCUGGAAAUCGUCACCAUCGUGGUGUUUGGGGUGGAAUACUUUGUGAGGAUCUGGGCUGCCGGCUGCUGCUGCCGAUACCGGGGCUGGAGGGGAAGGUUAAAAUUUGCCCGCAAGCCUUUCUGCGUCAUCGACAUCAUGGUGCUGAUCGCAUCCAUCGCUGUGCUGGCGGCGGGGUCCCAAGGGAACGUCUUUGCCACCUCGGCGCUCAGGAGUUUGAGGUUCCUGCAGAUCCUGCGCAUGAUACGCAUGGACCGGCGGGGCGGCACCUGGAAGCUCCUGGGCUCUGUUGUCUACGCACACAGUAAGGAGCUGAUUACUGCCUGGUAUAUUGGCUUCCUGUGCCUCAUCCUGGCCUCGUUCCUGGUAUACUUGGCCGAGAAGGGAGAAAAUGAGCACUUUGAUACAUACGCAGAUGCACUCUGGUGGGGUCUGAUCACUCUCACCACCAUCGGCUACGGGGACAAGUACCCGCAGACGUGGAACGGGCGGCUGCUGGCAGCGACAUUCACGCUCAUCGGUGUCUCCUUCUUCGCCCUUCCUGCCGGCAUCUUGGGCUCGGGGUUUGCUCUGAAGGUUCAAGAGCAGCAUCGACAAAAGCACUUUGAGAAGAGGCGAAACCCAGCAGCAGGCCUGAUUCAGGCGGCUUGGAGAUUUUAUGCCACCAACCUGUCCCGGACGGACCUGCACUCCACCUGGCAGUACUACGAACGCACCGUCACUGUCCCCAUGUACAGCACGCAAACGCAAACGUACGGUGCCUCCAGACUCAUCCCUCCUCUGAACCAGCUCGAGCUCCUGAGGAACCUGAAGAGCAAGUCAGGACUGACAUUCAGGAAAGAGCAGCAGCCCGAACCAUCGCCAAGUAAAAGCAAACCGUGCAGAGAGUCACUAUGCGGAUGCUGCUCAGGAAACUCUAGUCAGAAGGUCAGUUUGAAAGAUCGUGUCUUCUCCAGUCCCCGCGGUGCUGGCACCAAAGGGAAAGGCUCUCCACAGGCUCAGGGCAUCCGGAGGUCCCCCAGCGCUGACCAGAGCAUCGAGGACAGCCCAAGCAAAGUGCCCAAGAGCUGGAGCUUCGGAGACCGCAGCCGAGCCCGGCAAGCUUUCCGCAUCAAGGGAGCGGCGUCACGGCAAAACUCGGAAGAAGCAAGCCUCCCUGGAGAAGACAUUCCCGAUGAGAACAAAAGCUGCAACUGCGAGUUUGUGACGGAAGAUUUGACACCAGGACUGAAAGUCAGCAUCAGGGCAGUGUGCAUUAUGAGAUUUCUCGUCUCCAAGCGCAAGUUUAAGGAGAGCCUUCGGCCCUAUGACGUGAUGGAUGUCAUCGAGCAGUAUUCAGCUGGUCACCUGGACAUGCUCUCCCGGAUUAAAAACCUUCAGGCCAG